GACCUUACGUGUUUGUCUGUUAAAGAUAAUGGAGUGGAUGACAUGGAAGGUGGGAUUCAGGAAGUCCAGUCAGUGAAAACGGAGAAUGAACCCCUCGUCCUCACACAAGCGUCCCAGGAGAGCUCCACCUCUACAGAAAGCUCCACUCCCACACAGCCAUUCAUGUCCACAGACAGCAUGACAUCUUCACAGCCGUCCUCUUCCCAGCAGCCUCCAGCUCAAGGUAUGUUCAGGCGCAGAAGGACUUGUUGCAGUGCAUUGCACACCCAGUAUCAAGACUUUCUUGAAAGAAUGCAGCAGACGCAGAACAUGUGGCUGGAGCGUCAGUGGGAACAGAACCACGCGCGAGAGGAACGGCUCAUUGCCAGAGUCCUGGCUGAACACACACGCUCUAUGGAGGCUUUAGUCAACCAGCUGUUCGCAGGGUUAAGAAGCCUCCUGCCCCAGUCCCAGUCCCAGUCCCAUCCCAACCUGCAGUCGAAUCCCCAGACCGAUAUCCUCAACACACUCCCUGCACACCAGACAACAGCCAUGACCUCUCAGCCUGAAGAAGAUUCAAAAGACCACAUGUCAGAGACUCUCAAGCAGCCAUCAGAGUGAUUCAAAGAGUCCCUCAAAACUGGA